ACGCCCAAGAUAUCUGCAUUCGCGCUGUCUGGUGCCAACGUUGCCCGCCUUCUUCUCUAACUUGCAUGUGCCCAAUUGCAACGUCAUUGUCGUUGUACAUCGCUGGCGCAUCAUCACAGCAUUAAACGUUAUUAUAUGCAAUCGCAUUACGUAUUCAGGGCAUCUGCGUGGGGUCAGUUCUUCGUUUCUCACGUUCGUUUCUCGCAUUCGUGCUUCAUUUGCACCUUAUCCUUGUUAUCCACGUCUCAGGCAACCGAUUAUCGACGUACUCGCUAGCUUGGCAGUUCCCGAAGUGACUCGGAGACAGAACGGACUAGCAUUGUUGGGUUUCAGCCCCAGCCCCCGAGAUGGCCACCUCGCUGCUCCUCAACUCUGGCCAUCACAUUCCCUCAGUGGGGCUAGGCGUGUACAAGUCGACCCCUGGUGAGGAAACGUACGGCGCCGUACUGUCAGCGCUGCGGCUGGGAUACCGCCACGUUGAUACGGCACAGGUGUACGGCAAUGAGGCCGAUGUGGGUCGGGCGGUGCGGGACAGCGGCCUGCCGCGGGACCAGGUGUACGUGACCAGCAAGCUGUGGCGAGACGCGUACGGCUAUGACAGGGCCCUGGCGGCUGUACAGGACAGUGUACGGCGCAGCGGCCUGCCGUACCUGGAUCUCGUACUGCUGCACUGCCCCGGCGAGCCGGGGCCGCGCGAGGGGGCGUGGCGGGCGCUGGAGGAGGCGGUGCGGCAGGGCCUGGUCCGCAGCAUUGGCGUCAGCAACUUCAGCCAGGCGCACCUGGAGAAGCUGAGCAGGACGGCCACGAUACAGCCAGCGGUGAACCAGAUUGAGGUGCACCCCUUCCUGCAGCGGCGGGAGCUGGUGGCCUACUGCCAGGCGGCGGGCAUUGUGGUGGAGGCCUACUCGCCGCUGAGUAAGGGCCACAAGCUGUCUGACCCGCGGGUGGCGGGCGUGGCGGCGCGGCUGGGCGUCACUCCCGCGCAGGUCAUGAUCAGGUGGGGCCUGCAGCACGGAAUGGUGUCGCUACCCAAGUCGGUGAACCCGGACCGCCAGGCCGUAAACCUGGACGUGUUCGGCUUCGCGCUGGACGAGGGCGCGAUGGCGCAGCUGGACGGCUGCGAGGAGGGGCUGGUCACGGGCUGGGACCCCGUGGCGCACGACCCCGUGUAGGGGCGGCGUGAGGCAGUGAGAAGAGCGCACGACCCCGUGUAGGGGCGGCGUGAGGCAGUGGGAGGAGGAGGCAGAGGCGGCGGGAGGAAGCAGAGGCCGGGGUAGGGGGUGGGGGGGCACGCGCGAGUGGGCGGCCUUGAGUGGCCAGCCACAGAGUUUGCCGGUGGGCCUGGGUUACCCGUUGAGCGUGGCGUGGCGGGCUAUGCGGUGUCAAUGAUGUGUGAUUGCAGCAGGAGAAGGGCUGUUACGGGAACGGACAAGACCUGCCUCCGUGACCUGCCUCCGUGCUGAGCGGGUUAGUACUGCGUCGAGCUGUCGCGCACGAUUGCGGUUUGGCAUGCAUUCGCGGUCUGGGCUUAUGUAUGCGAGAUUAUUUAUUGUACUUGAAGUCCUUAAUGAUUGAAAUACACACAAAGCAGCAAUCAGUGGGCUUGCAACAAAGGCGCGAACUGCGGGCAAGGCCCCGAGCGGCUUCCAUCCAUUAUCACCAGUCUUGCUGCUUAAUAUUUAAACCUUAGCAGCUA